CUCUGAUAACGGGACACGCGAGCAGACUGCAGACUGCUGCAGGCACGACUUGCGGUGACAGUUGGUUUUCUGCUUCGUUUUUUCGGAUUUCAUCUGAUUGCACUGGAGAGAAAAGAAAAUUUAUUCGACUUGGUGACUAAAUUUCCGCGACAAUGAGCGUGGUCACUUGUAAGGCGCCUGUAAAUAUGGCAGUUAUUAAAUAUUGGGGGAAGCGGGAUGAGAAUUUAAUACUGCCCAUUAACGAUUCGAUUAGUGCUACUUUAGAUACCGAUCAACUAAGUGCAAAGACCACAGUAAUGGCGAGUCCAGACUUCAAGACCGAUCGGAUUUGGUUAAAUGGAAUAGAAGAAUCGAUAAGCAACAAAAGAUUACAAAAUUGCCUCCAACAAAUGAAACAGCGAGCACAACUGUCAAAUGAAAUCAGCAAGUGGAAACUUCAUAUAUGUUCUGAGAACAAUUUUCCAACUGCGGCUGGGUUGGCCUCCAGCGCAGCUGGUUAUGCGUGCCUCGUUGCGGCACUUGCUAAACUCUACAAAGUCGAGGGUGAUAUCAGUACUGUUGCACGGAUAGGUUCCGGAUCUGCGUGUCGCAGCACUAUGGGAGGAUUCGUAAGGUGGUACAUGGGUACGGAUCCCACGGGUUACGAUAGCGUGGCAAAGCAGAUAGUACCUGCGUCUCAUUGGCCAGAAAUGAGAAUUCUAAUUCUUGUUGUGAACGAUAGUCGGAAAAAAGUUUCGAGUGCAGUGGGCAUGCGUAGAACUCUUGAAACAUCCGAAUUUCUGAAGUACAGGGCCUCUCACAUAGUGCCAAAACGAGUCAAUGAAAUGGAAAGGGCUAUACAUGAAAAGGAGUUUAGAACAUUCGCCAAAUUAACCAUGCAAGAUUCCAAUCAAUUCCACGCCGCGUGUCAUGAUGCUUAUCCACCUGUUCACUACAUAAACGAUACUUCGCACAGUAUUAUUGAAUUUAUUCAUUCAUACAACACUGCUCUGGGAACUGUCAAGGUUGCUUACACAUUCGAUGCAGGCGCUAAUGCUACCUUGUUCCUCCUUGAGGAAGAUGUCUCCCCAUUUAUAGCGGUUUUGGAUUACUUUUUUCCAUUUUCCAAGAAUAUAUCAAUCGAAUACAAAAGGGGUAUUCCUAUUCAAAGUAUUCUUCCUUCCAAGGAAUUAUUGGAUAAAAUAGAUUUUGAGAAGCAGCCUCCCGGAAAGUUGAAAUACAUUAUUCACACAAAAAUAGGAAAUGGUCCUAGGCAGUUCUGCGAUCCAGAAGACCAUCUUCUCAAUGAUCGAGGCUUUCCUCUACGAGUAACGGAUUCAGGAAGCCGAUGAUACGUUCCCUUUGUUAUAUUUGUAUCUAUUUUUCUAUUUUCCAAUAAAUUAUUUAAAUGUCA